AUGAUGUAAAAUUAAUUAUCCAAACAAGAUGGAAUUAAUACAAUUAGAAUUGAUUUCAAUAGUUCUGUUUAGAGAUAAGAGGAGGAUUAAGAGUCAGAUUAAUCUAAGGAAGACAUUAAUAACUCAUAAUCUAAAGACUCAGAGAAUGAUAAUUAAUCAGAAUUAUUAAUCAAGAUGAUCAAAAAUACCUUAUAUAUUUAUGCAUACUUCUGCAUAAGUAUUAGGAUAUUAAACCUGUUUAAGCCAAAAUACAACUUCAUUUGGAAUAUGUAUGAGCAUAUAAAAAAAUGA